GUGGUUGACGGGCAGUCGAGGUUGCAGCAGGCUGAGGGAGACGGUGGAAGGUAAGCAGGGAGGCAGCAUCAUGGCGGACAGAGACAGUGGCAGUGACCACGGAGGGCUGGCCACAGGCCCCGGCUCGCUGCCUCCGGGCGCGAUGGGCGCCGCGGCAAGACUCCAACACGACACCGAGGAGCUCGCGUCUAAGCGAGUCGACAUCCAGAAUAAGCGCUUCUACCUAGAUGUGAAGCAGAAUGCGAAAGGCCGCUUUCUAAAGAUAGCGGAGGUCGGAGCUGGGGGAAACAAGAGCCGCCUCACUCUCUCUAUGUCAGUGGCAGUGGAGUUCCGCGACUAUCUCGGGGACUUCAUCGAACAUUACGCCCAGCUGGGCCCGAGUAACCCGGACAUAGUGCAGGAUGAGCCCCGGCGAGCCCUCAAGAGCGAAUUUCUAGUGCGAGAGAAUCGCAAAUAUUACAUGGAUCUGAAAGAGAACCAGAGGGGGCGGUUCCUCAGGAUCCGUCAGACCGUUAAUCGGGGUCCCGGAUUGGGAAGCGCACAAGGCCAGACAAUCGCGCUUCCAGCGCAGGGACUUAUCGAGUUCCGUGACGCUUUGGCCAAACUCAUCGAUGAUUACGGUAUGGACGAGGAUCCAGCCGAACUACCCGAGGGCACAUCCUUGACUGUUGACAACAAGCGCUUUUUCUUCGACGUGGGUUCCAACAAGUACGGAGUGUUCAUGCGGGUCAGCGAGGUUAAGCCUACCUACCGGAACUCCAUCACUGUUCCGUGCAAAGUGUGGUCCAAAUUCGGCAACACGUUCUGUAAAUAUGCCGAGGACAUGAGAAAGAUCCAGGAGCGGAGUAGAGAGAAACGGGCCUCCGAACUCCUACCGGAGGGCCAACAUGGUGAUGACGGGGACGAUGAUUGACGGAUUACCGGCUUGAGCAGAAAUAAAUAACAACAAACAAGACUUUAUAAUCAGACUUUUACUGUAAAAUAUAAAGAGAGAAUUCCAAGGGAACCACCCCACACACAACCUUCACAGUCAGAUUGGCAGUACUGUCUCGUCGCUCAUUGCUGGAUGUCACCCACUUACCAACCAUUUUAACAGUAAGCCGCUGCUAUCAAUAACUGUUUGAACUGUAACAUAUGAACUGUUUCCUACUUGAUUUAAAUGACAAUGAACAGAGUUUAUUCCUCUAACAAACAAACCGAUUUUGCACACGUCCAUGCUAUUUCGAAAAGGUUUCCAAAGUGCAAAAAAAAUAAAAUACAAAAUAAAAGCCGGGGUAUAAGCCUACAUGGAAAUUACGACGAUCUCCAUGUAAAUAAACAUUUGACAUCAGCACAAAGAGAAUAUAUAAAUUACUUAACCAAA